CCGGCCCCGGCCAGUUCGCGCGCAGGAAGACCAGACCACACUGACUUGACCACCUGAUGCUAGAGCAGGGCGCACUCCCUUCGGAGGCCGGCACCUCGUCCCCGAUGCUGCGACGGCUCGAGUAUCGCCGCUUUGGCCACACCGGCUCCGUCGCCUACCUCCUCUACCACCGCUCUUUCCUCGACUUCUCCGCCUGCCUCCUCUCCGCUGUCGCCCACGUCCUGCGCGCCUACCCCGCCACGCUCGCCCUCGCCGCCGCCGCGGCGGCAGCGGCGAUGCUCUACGCGGUGCUCUGGUCGGCGGCGCUCGCCGCGACGGCGCAGCUGCCGCGCCAGGCCGCCGCCUCCUCCCUCCUCCUCCUCUCUUUCUUUUGGACGCUGCAGACCAUCAAGGCGGUAGUGCACGCGACCGUCGCCGGCACCGCCGCCUCCCGGUACGUUCUACUCCUCGGCAGCACCGUCGCGUCGUGGUACUUUCUCUCGCCGCACGUGCCGCCCUCGCCGACCAAGCGAGCCCUCCGCCGCGCGGUGACGACUUCGUUCGGCUCGCUCUGCCUCGGCGCGCUCCUCGCGUCCUCGCUGCAGACCACGCGCGUCCUCUCGCGCGUCGCGUCGCGCCACGCGCCUUGCGGCGCCGGAGUGCGGUCGGGGUGCCUCUGCGUGCUCGGCUUUGUCGACGUGCUGCUGCGCUUCUGCAACGAGUACGCGUACACGCAGGUCGCCCUCUACGGCAAGACCUUCACGCGCGCCUCGCGAGACACGUGGACGCUCCUCGUCCACCACUCGGGCGUCGAGGCGCUGCUGCAGCGAGGCGCGCAGCUCGCGGGUUUCGCCAUCGGGUACGCCGCGCUCUCGGUGGUUGGCACGACGGUGCAGGCCGGCGUCGCCGCGCUGUACGUCUGCUACGCGGAGGACCCGACCCCGCUCGCCUCGAUCGCCCCGUCGCUGUACGCAACCUUCAUCGCCCAGCCGCACGUGCCGACCGGCGGCGAGGCGGAGCGGCCGCCCACCUCCCUCGGCGGCUCGGUGGGCGGCGGCUGGAACAGCGGCUUCUUCGGCUCCUUCCACUGCAUGGCCUCCUCCGCCGACACGGACUCGCUGUCGCGGCCGCUCACAGCCACGCAGGAGUUCUGACGGAGGAGGCGAGGGCGGGCGGGGGGGCGAGAGGGCGGAGGAGUCGCUGGAGGCGCUCUGCUGGAGGCGGGGGGAGGGCUGGCCGCGCGGCCCGCCACCUCCCCUCCUCCUGCUGCCGCCCCGGCUCUGGCUCCGGCGGCGCUGUGCCCGGCCAGGCCGCCGCCGCAGGCCGCCUCUCGCCCCUCCCGUGCGAGCGACGGUGGUGUACCCUAUUGCUGCUCUCAGCUGCCGCCGCCGAGGGCAUGUAGCUGGUCGCUCUCAGCCGCGGUGCGUGUGCGGUGCGCGGGGAGAGAGGAGAGGUGCGGGGAGAGAGGUAGGCGGUCGCCUUGAGUCGGCCGCGCCUCGCUCUCGUGCGAGGCGUAUCUCGGGCUCACGCAGGACAUUCGUUUUUGGCAAGAGAAGGAGAGGUCAGUGUAGUAUUACGUAACUCAGGUGAGAAGUGCGAU